AUGGCAUCAUCUGUGGAGAAUAUAACUGUGGUGAGCAGCGACGGUGAUGAGUUCAAGAUAACCGUCGGAACCGCCAUGCAAUCGGAGCUAUUGAAUCGAAUGCUGAAGGACGAUGAUUGCGUCUUUAACAAAGUCCCAAUGUCUCCUGUGAACACUGCAACAUUGGUGAAAGUGAUGGAGUAUUGUCAAAAGCAUGCUGACGGUGGAGCCUCCGAUUCCGGAGACGUUGAAGAUCUGAAAAGAUGGGACGAUGAGUUUAUAAAGGUAGAUUCAGAGGAUAUGCUAUUUCAUAUUUUAGUAGCAGCAAACUACUUAGAAAUCGUAAGCUUGUUUGAUUUAGCUUGCCAUGCUGUGGGGAAUUUGAUGAAGGGAAAAGCUCCCAAAGAGAUACCAAGAAUUUUCAAUAUAGAGAAUGACUUUAGUCCUGAGGAACAAGAGAGAUGUUUCAUGAGCAUAGAUUGUGGAGCAAGCAGAAAUUACGUGGAUGAAGAAACUGGAAUCUGGUACCAAACUGAUGAAGACUUCAUUGGCAGUGGAGAAAAUUAUGGAGUAUCCCCCGACCUUAAUUUCAACAAUUUUCCACACGUAAACCGACAGCUACUGACUCUAAGAAGCUUUCCAGAGGGGAAAAGAAACUGUUACACUCUGAAACCAAAACUAAUAUGGGAGAAGAAUCAAAAGUAUCUGAUUAGAGCAAUAUUUGCAUAUGGGAAUUAUGACUUCAAAAACAUGGUUCCAGUUUUUGAUCUCUACAUUGGGGUCAAUUAUUGGACAACAAUUCAUCUUCCUAAUUCAACUUUUUUCAGUUUCUUUGAAACAAUCCAGCAGGUUCCCUCUGACCAGACGGUUCAGGUGUGCCUGGUGAACACUGGACAAGGCACUCCUUUUAUCAACACUUUGGAAUUAAGGCUACUAAGUAACUCUCUCUAUUCGACCAUUUCACUUCCCUUAUCUCUAUGGUCCAGAGUCAACUGUGGUUCCAAGCUUUCGAGCCUUUUUGUUAGGUACAAGGACGAUGUGUUUGACCGAUUGUGGAAGACAAAUGAUGGUAACAAUUGGGAUGUGUUGAAAGCAAGUGUAGAAGGAAAGGUAGAAAUAAUCACCCCUUAUGAGCUGCCAUCAGAAGUAUUAUGGGCUGCAUCGCAGCCCCUAAAUGAUUCCAAAGUCAUAAAUGCGAGUUGGAGUUUUUCCGAUAUAUCUAAACAUUAUUAUAUGUUUCUUCACUUCACCGAAAUUCAAAAGCUUCCUUUUGGCCACAAGAGGAUUAUCAAUGUCACUUUUGAUGAUGAACAUGCACUCUCUCGUGAACUUACACUUGAAUACUUGAAGCUUGUCACUUUAAUUUCCAACAAGAUGACCAAAGAUCAUGUUGGCUUCAAUGUCACAACUGUAGCUAAUUCAGAUGCUCCUCCUAUCCUGAAUGCCUAUGAAAUUUAUGAAGUUGGCCCACAACCCAAUGCCCCCACAGCAACACAAGAUGCUGGUUUUGCAGUUAAUGCCAUAAUGGAAAUCAAGCAUACUUAUGGGAUCUCUAGAAUCAGUUGGCAAGGGGACCCAUGUGCUCCAUCAAAAUUAGCAUGGGAUGGCCUGAUUUGCAGCUCCGGCAAUAAUAUAAGGAUCUUUUCAUUGGAUUUGUCAAACAAUGAUUUGAUUGGACAGCUACCAGAGUUUCUUUCAACUCUUCCGAAUUUGAAAUUCCUUAAUUUGGCAGGAAACAAGCUCACUGGUUCAAUUCCUAAGGCUUUGAAGGAAAAUACAAAGUUGCAGCUCAGGGUAGGAAACAAUCCAGGUCUUUGCCAAUAUGAUUCCUGCCAAAAACACAAAUUUGAAAUUCAACAUAUUGCAUCAGUAGCAGCUUCGGUCAUCCUAAUUGUUGUCGUUUCUUUGGUGAUCUGGAGAUUUAGACGUAAGAGAGGAGGGUUCGGGAAAGUUUACCUUGGAACUUUAGAAGAUGAUACACAGGUUGCUGUUAAAUUACUUUCUCCAACUUCAAGGCAAGGCUAUAGAGAAUUUCAACCAGAGGCUCAACUCUUAACAGUCAUUCAUCAUAGAAACUUGGUUUCACUUGUUGGGUUUUGUGAUGAAAACGACGUUAAAGCAUUGAUUUAUGAAUAUAUGGAUCUUGGAGACCUCAGAGGACUAUUGUCAGAGAAAAACUCAAAAGUUUUAAAAUGGAACGAGAGACUUCAAGUUGCUAUAGAUGCAGCAAGAGAUUAG